GAUAAACAUCUUGCAACAGAAAUAAAAAAUCUAGAUACUAAACGACAUAAACCUGUCACUUUUCUAGAAUUAGAACUUGCACUUAAAGAAUUUAUAUUAGUUUAUCAAGAUCAAACUAUUUUAAGUGAUGCAAUAAUUAUUGAAAAGGCCAAAUUACUAGCAAAAGGAUUUAAAAUUUCUGAAGAUCAGCUUAAAUUUUCUAAUAGAUGGCUUCAAAAGUUUAAAUAUCGUAAUAGAAUUCAUCAAAUAGUACUUCAUGAAGAAGCAAUAUCUGCUAAUUAUGCUAAAAUUGAUGAAAUCUUACCAAUUUUAAAAGAAAAAUGUAAUCAAUACUCUUUAGAAUGUUGGAAGGAAGUUACCGCUAAAAUUAUAAAGAAUUGUUGGCGCAAAACAGUAAUCCUUCCUAUUAGUGCUGAUUCUAUACAAUCUAGAAAUGAUCCUGUGUGUGACAAACUUAUUGAAGUGCUUAACUCUUUGUCUUUUCCAAAUACGAUAGAAGUUGAUGAAUUUUUAAACAUUCCCGAUAAAAAUAUUAUCUAUGAGGUUUCUGAUAAUAAAGUUAUAGAAGAACUUGUUAAUAUAUUUAAUUCUGAAGGUACAAAUGAAUCAAGUGAGAUGGAUAAUUCUGAUGAAUUAGAUAAUAGUAUUGAACUACCAAUUAUUAGUGCUACUGCUGCAUUAGAGAAUUUAAAGAGUAUUAGAUUGUUUUUACUUCAACAAGAUGAAGUUAAUAAGCAACUAAAAUUAAUCGAUAGCCUUGAAAAAUUUAUUAAAAUACAGUUUUAG